UUACGUGGACAUUGUGGCAUGUAGCUAUGGAUUUAUUCGCACAGAUUUUGGAAUUUCCAUAUCGUUAUGAAAUUAUCUCGAUCUAAAUCAUACCUGAUACAAAAUUUUCAAAAUAUUGGUUAAAAGGUAGACUGCACGCUUGACUUACCUGGUGUACGAACGGAAUGCUUACUGACCAUGUAAUAUCAUACCAGACACGAUUACCAGUGGAAUGACGUUUUUCUGGUGAAGAGCUACAGUUAUGAAAUUCCUUGCUGUUGGCUUCAUCUUAGGAUGGGUGGGAUCGGUUUAUCCUUACCAUCUUGCUCCACCUGUAUAUCCAGGUCGCCCAACUACUACGACUACACCCAAACCAACUACUACCACAGUACCAGUCGAGUACGAAGCGCCGGAAAUUGAGGGUCCGGUGUCGACAACCACAACGGAAGCUACGACUACUACUACCACUAAAAAGCCUACUACGCAUGCGUAUGGCCAUGGCCCGCCGCAUGUCCCGCCCCAUGGCCCGCCCCAUGGCGGUUACUACGACCAUUAUGGGCAGUAUCAUUAUGACCCAUAUUACAAUACACACAAUGACCCGUAUGGCGCAUAUGGUGCAACCUAUGACCCCUACGGACGUCACUCCAGCCAUGCGCCUUAUCCAACGCAGGCCCCACAUCCGAGUCAAGCGCCAUAUGGUUCGGGCGCACGUGGCCCGUAUUCAGAUCCAUACGCGCCACAAUACGACAAACGUAGAGGAGGUUAUUCUGAGCCCUACUACAAUCAGGGCUUAAAACCAAGAGGACAGUCAGCUUUGAUUGAUCAAUUAUCAAUUGUAAAACCAAGUGCAUCUCCGCCGCCAUCAUAUCGACGGUCCGGGAAAUGGAUAGAAAUGCGACCAGCCAACGAACUUCGUAUGAAAUCUCGUAGGCGCAACGGACAAGGUGCUAAGAGAAGAAGAGGGUAUAUCCCCAGGGGGAAUCAGCAGACCCUUAAACGGCCUCAGGGGGCUAACAACCAGGGCAACACUGGAUCAAGGACAAGAACGGCAGGUAACCAGGCAAAUUGGCAAAAUAAGCAACGACCCCGUGGACGUCAAAAUCAAGCGUUUAACCGCCGUGCAAAUGGCGGUCAACAACGCAGGAAAGGAAAACGGGGUCGAUGGAAUAAUAAAAACAAAGGUAACAAUGCCUGGGGUUAUCAACAGUCUCAAGAUUCAGCUAGUACUGCCGGCGGUAUUAGCCAGCCUUCGACUGGUUAUUCCGGAUCAGGAUAUCAAAACAAUAAUUAUAAUCCAAACUCGGCCUUUGACACACAGGCUAGGAAUGCGGCGGUGCAACCUAGUCCUUACCCUAGUGCUGCUACUGCUCAAAAUCAAAACAAUUAUUAUUCUCAAACGGGUGGUGCUGGAUACAACCAAGGACAGGGGAGUGGAACAGCGGCAAACGCUUACGGCCAGCAAGGUUAUAAUUAUUAUAACGGGGCCACAGGAACCGGAAGUGGAACAAACUACAACACACCAGCUCCGCCAAGCUAUGCAUCUAGUUAUAACACUCAGGGAACAUAUAAUUACAAUACUCCGGCAGUGCCAGCACAACAGCAAGCCUACAACAACCCAACAUACACGUCUGAUACUACUUACAAUAACCAGGGUACACCGACCGGAAACUACGAUGCAAGCGGAAAUCAAAUGCAAGCCAAUGGCUACAACUCUGCCGGAUCGUGGGGCGGACAGAACAACAAUAUGAAUGCACAGUCUAAUUGGAAUACGGGCAAUUCAUUUGGUCAAGGACAGCAAAGUAACACAGGAACUGAUUCGACAUCUGGCUAUAUGACCAUGAACAAUGCUAAUUCUGGGUUUGCUUCAAAUACUGGUUCAUCAAAUAUAGCUUCAUCAAAUACUGGUUCAUCAAAUAUAGCCUCAUCAAAUACUGGUUCAUCAAAUACAGGUUCUUCAAGCGGGGGUUCAACAAAUUCAAAUCAAGCAAGUGAACAAAGUGUUGCUCAAACAAUGUUAAAAAUGCUGGAAAAAAUGAAAAAAGCGGCAGCUGCCAAUGCAACCUCUUCGAACAGUGUGUCGUCUGCUUCGUUCUCCGCUGCAAGCACUAAAAAGGAACCUAUGAUUUCAAAAAGUAUGGAAGCCGCUAUUAAAAAUGCUAUCAUUAAUGCUGCAAAGGACCUCACUAAUACCAUGAAGGCAAAGGAAAUACCAACUUAUCUUGGCACUCAGGAAACGUACCAAAUGCCUCCGUCAGUCCAAGCAAUUGACACGUCAUUCAAAGCUGAGGUUACAAGUCCAUAUGGAUGGACACAACCGUCUACGACUCAGCGGACGUGGACACAGGCACCGCCCACAACGACAGCAGCUCCUGCUGCAACUAAUGGGCAGUGGGGAUCUACAGGGGGACUAUGGGGAUCUCCUGCACUUGACAACUUUUAUCAAGUAACAAUACCUCCCAGGGGGAGUGCUGCUGGACCCUGGGGAACAGCUGCACCAACUACUCCCAAAAUGUCGUUUCUAGGUGAAAUGAGUCGGCGACAGUCAGCCCUAGCUAGCACAGCGAAACCAAGAACAACUCCAAACCCGAUGAAGGGAUUUCAACAACUUUUACUAGCAUCCGUUUUGUUUAACAAGAAAUAGGCCGAUGCCUUGUUAUCGGCUUUGGUAGGUGUCUUUUUAUAUGGAUGUAAACAUGGAGGAAUGAUAUAUGGCUGUGCUGAGGGAGUUAUAACAGAAAGUGUUUCCGUUACAAUAGUUCCUGUUUUUAAUUAGGUAAAAUGAAAAGCCUAAAAGAGAAAAAGAUACUUUCGUAUUAUUAACGUAUGAGUACAACGUACUUCGGCAGAGAUGAAUGGAUGUUAUAUUUAAUCUAUUUAGAAGCGUGUUCCUGGAAUGUUAAUUGUGGAGAUAUAUGUAUGUCAGUCAUGCUUGCGAUCUCGUGUAGUGUGAAACUUUGGACAAUGUUAUUAUAUUGUUGCUAUACUGUAGCUGUUCGGUGAUGAUAUGAACGUUGUUGGACAAUGUGAUUAUAUUGUUACUAUACUGUAGCUGUUCGAUGAUGAUAUGAACAUUUGUUGGACAAUAAUAUUUAAAAUUGAACCGUUCAGUAUGUGUCGAUAUCUAUUUUUGUAAUUGUCUUCAAAACAUAAUUUAAGUUUUAUAAAAAUAAUUUUCUGUGCAUUGUUGAAUUCAGUCUACCUUUCGAUAUAUCUGAUAAUAGCAGCGGAAUUGCAUGUUUUAAAUGUGUGUCCCAACAAUUAAGCUUAGAAAUUAUAUAUAUAUGUAUUCUUAUGAUGGCGAAUUAACAUUUAAAUAAUCAUUCGGCUUAUCGGUGUGUGGGAUAUUUGGAUAGUGUCCAUUUUAGUAAAUAUAAACAUACCAACAUGUAUCUAAGUACGAAAAUGAAAUGAAUACAUUUUUUUUGUAUGUUUACGUACUGAACAUAUUGUUAUUUUUAAGGGUAUUUACCUUUUGCAAUUUUCGUUGGUAUUAUAAAACGCACAAGGAAAUACCGUAUAAAAUUAUACAUAAGAAACUAGUCUUAUAAUAGUUUAAGGAAAAAUGCAUAUAUCGUGAAAAUGUGGCAAAACCGAAAAAAGAACAAUAUAGAUUACGCAGAAAUACUUCACAGUUUUACAUCUUUGGUAAUAAAAUAUAGGUUAUGCAUGUGUUCUGGAACAUUUUCGUCAUGUUGGUAAUGUAAAUAUGAUAUCUAACACAACCUUUAUGACAUUAAAGAAAACAUAUUGGUCGUUGUAUAUAACUUCUAUCAUAUGGUCAUGUAAGUGCUUAGUAUGAACUUGUUUCUGAAGCUCAGACUCGCCUUUCUUUUCUACACUUGUACAUUGUGGUGCAUGUAAUUAGUAAUAAUCAAAGUAUUAUGAGUGAAAGGGUAGGACACAGAAAAAAAUUCCACCAGAGAUAUUGAAUGUGAGACAAACUUAUAUAAUAUAUAUCAGGAACAGUAUGGGGAUUUCCCUUGUGCUCAUGUUGUUUUGCAAAUAAUGGUCGACUAAACAAAGCAAACUUAGAUUAAUUACAAAUGUAAGUGAGAAAUUAAAUGUUUUAUUUUUCACUAUGCAUUUUGGAAUAACCUGAGAAUUUAAUGCUGGACAUUUUCCUUCGUUAUUUUGAAUUAAAAAAACGUUUGGAAAAACUCACUCGACACGUUUGAAGUUAUAUUUUAUAUGAUUCCUGACAGCAGAAUAAAGAAAUCAUUCUAAAAGUAAUAUUAUAGAUAUAACUUUUUUACUUUUAUUCACUGAAACAUUGCUUUAAGAAAACAUUAACGUAAUCUCGAGCUUUGUGUAUUGUCUUGUAUUGCAUAUGUCAGUGCAUAUAAAUGUAGCGAUCUAUUAAAGUUUUGUUAAAAUGAAAAACAUUUGUAUAUAAAGUGUAUGUAGUGAAUCCAGGCAUUUAAAUAACGUGUCCGAAUUCGGAAUCGUAAAUGGAAAGACACCGAUAUGAAUCGAGAGAACAAAUCAUUUACUUAGUAAAAGACUUAAUUCUUUACCAAAACUGACAUUAAAAAACUAUACAUUCAUAAAAGUAUAAAACAUGUCACAAAUAAUACCGUAUAUAUUUGAUUAAAGUACAGCUAAAUAAUAAUAAUAUACAUUACAUGUAUUUGGUUUCCUUUUGUUUCGUAUUCGACAGUUUUUUGUACCACUUUGCUCUGCUGUACUGCAGAUUCACACAAAUAUUUAUGUCAUUUUGCAUUAAAAUAAUUUAUUAAUGGAC